AUGUUGCGAAAGGCCUCUGCGGACGUUGUGGUGGUUGGAGCAGGGGUGGCAGGCUGUUCGGCAUUCUACCACUUAGCUCGCUUAAAUGGUCGUAAUCCUGGUUUCAAGCCGCUGCUAGUGGAUGCUCUGCCUCCAUUGUCACUAACCAGUGCGAACGGUUCUUUUAGCUACCGCAACUGGUUCCCAAGUGAUGCUGAGACGCCCAUGAGGGAGCUUGUGGUACGCUCGAUCGACGAGAUGGACGACAUCUGCAAGCAGACGAACAACGCUCUGGGCUUGAAUCGCAACGGAUAUCUGUUUGUGACUCGGGAUGCCGGAAAGAUGGAGGAGCUUAAGCGGCUAGCAAAGAACCUGGAGCGUCAUGGAGGUGGAGAGUUGCGUGUUCACGAGCCAAACGACAGGCUCAGUGGCUACCGGCUCUCAACCGAGGAGAUGCAGUACGAUCUGGACGGCAGUGACUUGCUAAUUGGCAUGGAUAAUGUUGCAGCUGUCUUCCCUGAUCUCAAGGAUUCAAAUGCUUUGGCUGCAUUGCAUGUGCGACGCUGUGGAUCGCUAAACCCUGUAAAGGUGGCCAACUAUGAACUCAAUAAAGCAGUUGAGUACUGUCCGAAAUCGGAGGUGCUCCAGGGCAAGGUCACGGACUUUUCAGCUACUGGUGGCAAUGUGAGUGGCGUCAGAGUUGCGAUGAAUAAUGGAGAAACGUUAGAAGUAGCGACUCCUAACGUGGUGUUCGCAACGGGGCCGCUGUUCGAAAACACGCUGAACAUGUUAAAGCAGCGCAAUAUGUCUAGCUACGACGUGCCCAUUAUCAAUGAACUCCACUGUCGUGCUAUUGUCGACGAUGUGGAUCGUGUCUUGCCGCCUACGAUGCCGCUGACAUUUGAUUCGGAUCCGAUGGGAAAGCUCGAGAUGUCGGAAGAAGAUCGUAGAGAAAUUAUGGCAGACCCAUCGGCCGCUCGGAUGCUGGAAGAAUACCCAGGAGGAGUUCAUGUGCGUCCAUACAAUGGGGAUAAAAUGAUGGCUGUUUGGACGUACGAUAUCGAGUCUGUACCGGCACACUACCCUGUUGAAGACGUAUUGGACAGAAGAUUUCCCGAAGUCUGCGUUCGUGGCCUUACCAGGAUGUUCCCUCAAGUAAAGUCGUAUCUGAAGCGGUCUGAAGUACGCGACUCUUUCUACGUUAGUGGCGGCUACUACUGCAAGACACUGGACAACCUGCCACUCAUCGGACCAGCACCAAGCACGAUUGGCGGCGUGUUUCUACAGUCCGCUAUGACUGGUGUCGGUCUCAUGUCUAGCGCAGCGUCGGGGCACUUGCUUGCUACUCACGUCAUGGGCGAGAAACUGGAGGGAUGUGGCCUUGCUAACCACGUGGACGCAUUCUUGCCAAGCCGAUUCGAAGACCAAGCAUAUCUAGACUACCUCAGUGAUGGAUGUGGUGCUGCAUGUGGACAAGUGUGA